UUGAGUCAACAAACAAAUUUGUUCUUUCUCCAGGCCUCCGAUUUCAGGUUUGCUCUUGAAAGAUCUACAAAUUGGCAGUUUCCUGGGCGCAAAGUUCAGUUCAGUCUCACAAUAAGCAUCCCUGAGUCCACCCCCCUUAGAGUUAAAAUUAAACUUCCGUUCAUUGGCAGUCCUAUAAUGCGACUCACAGAGGCUAAGUACUCUUCAGUCAGCGAACACCUCACUUCUAGCGACAACACAAUCACAAUGACGUCUUCAGCAAACGACGGUCUGAACGACAUAGCUUUCUUCGAACUCGGGAACAUAACGCGGGGCCCAUCUGUGAACAAUACUGAAAUUAAGAUCGAUUUUGAGGUGCAGCUAUUGAAUCAUGCCAAUAUUACUAAUGGAGGUGCGCAGUGGGUGAGCGUGGGUGCAGAGUACAUUAAUCAAUCCGUAUGGGCAGCACAGAUGGCGAUCAAGACCAUCAGCGCAACAGUCAGCAGACCAGAUUUGAAGGUUUCACUCUCGCCUGACAAUGACGGUUAUAGCAGACUUUUGGGGUAUGGUAUUCUCAUUCAGAAUGUUAAUUGCCACCAGGCUUACUGUCUGGAAAAUUUCCUUCCAAGGAAUUUUGAAAAUCCUGGAAACAAACCAGCCGUGAGAUCUGUAUUUUUGAGUGACAAUUACUGACCAGACGUAAACCAUUCAAUUUUUAAGACGUCUUCUUGGCUAAAGACGAUGAUCGUUUCAUGCUAUGGUUUUUCUUGUUCAGUCAAUGCAUCUGUGAAAAGGGUACAUCUCUUUGCCAUGGCAAUAACUGCAUUCUUGAUUUCAACAACAUACCCAGAAGUAACGAUUAUUUUAUAUGUCAAUUUAAUCUUCAGUAUUCAAGCAUUUGUUGCCAUUACUUGAUAUCCCCCCCUCCUGUAAAACAUUCAGGCCCCUAGUUUCAAGAAUAAAAUUCAUGCAGAUGUGUCAUUAUUUUCUGUUUCCUCAUUUAUAUUCAUUUUUUUGUGCGGAUAGUAUAAAUCAUAAAUGGCGCAUUAUCUUAAUUAGUACUGGUGGGUGUUGCCUACGAUGGAGGGCCAAAAAUCCUUGGCACGAUUAUUGAAAACCUUCCUUCAACAGCGCUGAAAUAUCAAAUAUGCAAGUGUAGCAUAGUAUCUACUACUGAAAUACUUUGGAUGCCUCAAAUGGCCCUCCACUUCCCUUCCCCCUCCAAAACAAUGUUGGGAUAAACAAACACUUUUCAGGACGGGGUGCAGAAAAUUCAACAAAAUUUGCUUGGGGGCGAGGGGAGAAGGGAUCCAGUUUAAGUCGAAUCUUGAUAACUGUCUCAAGACUUUUGAACUCUGUUGUAGGGCCCGGCCCGUUGAAAAGUAAAUAAAGGAAUAAAGGAUAUUUGAUUUAGGAUGAGUGAACUUUCUUUUCUACAUUUACUUAUCAUUUUUGUUUUUCUGAAAAAAAAGGGGGCAAAGCAAAUUCCGCCUGUCACUUACUCAUUCGUGCGUGACAACUGAGGAGGUAGGAAGUGGGAUUAUUGAAUGGCCUCUGCCGCCUGUCCUGACACUGAACAGUUGGAAAACAGCGGUACAAUCCAUGAACAUCAGUGAUGUGUUCAACAGUACUACCAUGGUGAUUUUCAAGGUAAUAGAGAGAUAAAGAUGUUGACUAUAGCACCAGUUAAUGUUCCAGGUUUACUCUCUGUUCAAUACUGCUAUUCUGAGCCAUUUACGCACUGAGGCAGAGAAAAAUCUGUGCGUCCCUGGUCAGAGCUAUUAUUUUUUCGUUUUUUUUUUCUCAUCCUAUAGGUAUUUUUUUUAUAAUUGUUGAUGAGAUACUUUUCUUUCAGUAGAAUUUUUAUUUUUUUUAAUCAGUCAAUACAGCUGGAAAAUCAUCGUGAUUUUUUUUCGUCACAAUAACCUUUCUUGGCCAAGUUUUCAAGGCUUUAGACUUAAACUCUACAGUCAUAUUGGUUCCUGGGGGGCGAAAAAAUUGCUGAUGAGAUCCAACACUCUUGACGCACAGGUACUAUGUUUUUCUUGUUACGUGGUUUUCAGUUUGGACCUAUGAAGUUUUGGGAGACGAUCGACCUGGAAGUAACGUUUGAUAUUGAUUUGCACAAGACAAGAGCCGAUGGCAAAGUACAUGACUUAACCACUCAUGUAAACGUCAAGUACAAUGGGUCAGGGGGAACAUGCAGAUCGUUCUCGGGCUUUCGCGAGUUUACCACUGAAGGGCCAGCCACAGUUUCUGUCAAGUAUUAUGUCCCACGUAAGUUUGAACCGAGCCAAUACGUCGGGUAUUUUAUGGGGUAUUUCCUAUAAGUUUCUUUAAAAAAAGCGCUUGUAUCAAAUAAAGUACUUAAAAAAUACUCGAAUGAAGGGAUAAAAAAUACCGGUCCCAAAAAAGAUAAUUAAAGUGAAGGACUCUGACUGAAGCUAAUUCCUCCAGAAGAAGAAGAUUAACAAUUAAUUCUGCAAUUCCAGUUAAAUUUUAUAGCCUCCAGAAUAGGGACUGUAAAUAUUUUGGCAUAGCCUCCCCAAUGUGAAAAAAUAAGUGCUUGGCAAUUUCUUUCAGUCCUCAGCAAUGCCAUUUUUUUUUUUCUUUUUCUCUUUUUUGUAGUAGGGUCAUGUGAUCACGCCCUUGGUCUGACGGAUGGGAGUAUUGCUGAUUCCCAGAUCACUGCUUCCUCAUAUGCUGUGGGCGGGGAACCACAUGAGGGAAGACUGAAUGGCAACAAAACUUGGAUACCUCAUGGCCAGCUUGCGUAAGUCAUAUGUUGAUUUGUAGACCCUGAAGUGCGUCUCUUGAUUAUUCGAAGUAAAGUUUAGCAGUAAGACUUCAUUGAUUGGACAAACGAUUGGAAGCUAGGGCAGACUGAAAAUGGAGCUGAGAGGAUAGGGAAUGUAACGAGCCUUAUUUUCACUUUGCUUGGUAUCCUUUUUUCUAGUUUGGGGGAAUACAUCACAUAACCCCUCAUUACUAUUCACUGUCUGAAAAGCUGGUGGCGGCUUUGAUUGUAACAGGGGAGAGUGGGGCUGAAACAGUUGUUGAUAACCCGGAGUAGUCAUCGAUAAAAAUCGGUACCGAUUUAUCAAUCGAUAAAUCGAUAAAAGUCGGUAAAUCUGAUUUGAUUGAUAUCGAUUGUAUCGAUCAAUCGGUAGAAAUCGAUGAAACACUAGUACUCGUUUCAUUUAUCGAUUCAUCUAGAUUUUACCGAUUCCAUCGAUUUUUAUCGGAAACCGACAUCUGUUCUUCUGUUCAUCCAAAAUUGAAAACUGAUUUCAUGCAAACAGUGAAUUUGUUGACAAUUGAGUUGCAAGUGAGAUUCGAAGGAUCAAACAAUUUAUUAUCACUUUUCAAAAAAAGAUUAAAAAAUCUUAUCUUUUCUUUAAAACCCACUUUAAUGUCAUUUGCCAAAUCAUGGUAAGAGAAGGAUUGCAGCUCACAAGCUGAAACUUGGCAAGUGACAAAUAUACUGAUGAAAGAUUUUGAUUGACAGGUAAAAUUUGACUUUUUCGUAGUUUCCAUGGCAACAUGAACGAUUAUAACGAGCCGCACGAUCUUAGCAACCAAAAAAACCCCUCAGUAUCCAGCUUAGAUAGCUGAGUAAAAGUCAGCUAUUUCAGCUGGAUACCCAGUAGCUAGCAACAUUUCCUAUUCCAUUAAUCUCUGAUCGUAUUUUGCAUCUAAUAUGAUAGAGGCGUCAAUUUUCACGCAAUCAUGUCAUCAUCCUGGGGUGAGAAAUAAAAUUAAUUAAAAGUGCGGUAUCAAACAAAAUGUACGGAAAAAAUAAUUCAGUGCUUCUAAAAAGAACAUUGUAAAGUCUGCUGUCGAUCUCAUUGCCAACACAGGCAAGGACGAUUAAAUAUCUAUAGUUCAAUAUUACCCAAUUUCGCUAGUGCUCCCCUUAUUGUAGUUCGAUGCUGUGUAUCUUUCUUUCUGCGGGUGCAAAUGCUAAACGUGUUAUAUAUUUCACAAGCGCUUACUCCAUUAGGCAUUUAACAUAAUGUCAGGACUUCCAUCUGGAUGAACCAGAAAUGAUAUAAGGAUAUAAAAAGAACUGUCUAUUUUUUUUCGGCUACGGGACGAAAUGCUAAACAUGUUAUAUGUCCUUGACGCGUUCAGGCAUGAUAUAAUCGUGAUGCCAGGACUUCUACCUGGGUGAACUAGAAAGGAUAUUAACAGAACAGCUGCCUAGUUUUUUUUUUUCGGCUACGGAUCGAAAUGCUAAACAUGUUAUAUAUCCUCACUGUAAUUUUCAGGGAGUUAUAAUAACUCCUCUAGUGGGGCUAAUUUAACUCCUUACAGUGGAGUUAUUUUUCGUGGAGUUAUUUUAACUCCAAAAAGGAGUUUAAAGAACUCUUUUUCAGGAGUAAAAGUGACCCCAGAUAUUGAGGAGUUAAAAUAACCCCAAAAAAGGAGUUAUCCUGUACCUAAAAUUUUUACUCCACUUUCAGAGUUAAAUUAACUCCAAAAAGAGUAAAAACAACCCAUGUAAGGAGUACAAGUAACCCCAUUUCGGAGUAAUUUUAACUCCAGACUGGGAGUAAAAAGAACUCUUUUUCAGGAGUAAAAAUGACCCCAAAUUCGGAGUUAAAUUAGGAGUUAAAAUAACCCCAAAAAAGGGGUUAUCCUGUACCUAAAAUUUUUACUCCAUUUUUGGAGUUAUAAUAACUCCCUAAAAAUUACGGUGCUAGAAGCGCUCAGGCAUAAUAACAUCCGUGCCAGGACUUCUACCUGGGUGAACCAGAAAGGAUAUAGAACAACUGCCUAAUUUUUUUUCCGGAUCUGCUGAUAAACGAUUAUUAUUAUUAUUAUUAUCAUUAUCAUUAUCAUUAUCAUUAUCAUUAUUAUGAUAUGUUAAGGCAAAAGAAGACAUCAAGAUUGAAACCUUUGGGCAAAAUUCAACUUUUUCCAGUUGUCCAAGCUAGAGAUAUUGCCAAUCAAUCAUAUUCUCAGAACACACGUUAAUGAGCCAGAAACCCCUUUAGCAGAUGUCGGUUUCAGUUGAGGAGUGGGGGUGGGGGGUGGAGGUGGGAAUGUUGUGAAAUAGACCGAUCAUUAGAAGUUCAAAUAGUUCAAUAGAUUCAAAGUUAUAGAUAAAAAACUGAUUACUCAUAAGUGAUUCUCACAAUUAUUUUGUGCCUCAGUCAGAUGACAAACCAGCACCUAGAGGUUAGCUUCAGUUGCAAAGUCAAAAUUAACAGACUUGUCACCAAGGGUCUUGGUAAAAACUACGUCAAGAGCUUUUUCCUAUUUUACAGUAAAGAUGGCCAUAUUUUUAAAUCCUACAAGUUGGGCAGCAAAAACAUGGUAAGCGGACGUCCCUUGAUGAUCUUUUGAGUAAUACGUUUUGAUGAACAUCCGUUUUAAAAUCUUUGCUCCGCUAGCAUAUACUGAUGUUGCAAAUGCCAUCUUUACACCCUAAGUAUCGGCAAUCUACAUAUCGCCUGUUUAGAAUUGACGUUCUUAUUGAAAUUCUUCAUGCAUGCGCCAUGUGAAAACUCACAGGCCUGUAUUUUUGUUAUAAUUAUUGCUGCUGCCUGUUAACUUUAGGUUUUUCACGCCAACACAAAUGGUAAGGAUCCAGCGGUCAUUAUCCUACCGGUGCCUAUAGAAGCAGUGGCUGUCCGCGUUAACCCUAAUAGCUGGGAAAACAUUAUUGCCCUUAAACUGGAGUUUUACGGGUGCGUGCUGGAUUGCCCUUUUACUCACUAUCUAUCUAUCUAUCUAUCUAUCUAUCUAUCUAUCUAUCUAUCUAUCUAUCUAUUAUAUAUAGGCGGGUCUUUGUUUACAUUUUUUGCCACAUUAACAUAUGUUCAUCAUUUAUUUAUCUGAUCAAGCUAAUAAAAUAAAACCUCUAAAUAUUAAAAGAAUGUAACAAUUUCAGUUAUCUCUGAAAAUUUGAGACUGAUAUUCCGAAUGCUUUCGGAGAAAUUCUCGAAAUUUAUUUAGAAUGUAUGGUUCAUUAACUUUUUUGCCACUCAGGAAUUUUGAAGUUUUCGAUGGUUGAUAAUUAUUUCCUUCAAUAUUACUUGCAAAGAGCGGAAAAUAGCAUAAAUUGCAAAAGUUAACCAGUUUUUUCAACCUUUCAAUUUAGUUCGCAUAUACGGCUACGGCGUCUAUGGGAAAAGUCGUAUGCAUCCUAAUACUUUGUAAGGACUCCGAAAUGCAUUCCUGGGCACUGAUAUCCUUCUCCCCUAAAAAAUCUUUGGGAGGAAGGCUCAAUUAGUGUGUUGGAUCAAACAGACAAUUUUUUGUUUCAAAACGUUCCUGCAUCAAUGGUUGCGUUCGAUUGGGAAAUCCGGAUUUCGGAUUUUGCAAUCGAACUGUCGAACGCGAAAUCCGAAAAUGGAUUUCACCUUCGAGAAAUCCGUUCUCCGGGUGGAUUCCAAUUAAGAAAUCCAAAUCCGGAUUUCAUGGAUUUCCUUUUUACCGUUCGAUUGGGAAGUCCGAAAAAGGAUUUACAAAACUGUUCUCGUGAACAGCGGUCUUCUUUUUGCUAAUUAUGCGUGCGCGUGCAAGACCGCUGUUCUUAGGGACAGUUUUUCAAAUCCGUUUCGGAUUUCUCAAUCGAAGGGUAAAAAGUAAAUCCAAAAACAGAUAUAUAUAUAUAUCUCAGCUUUGAAAUCCGUUUUCGGAUUUCGCGUUCGAUUGCAAAUCGAAAAUCUGGAUUAUAAAAUCUAAGUACAGAUUUCCCAAUCGAAGGCACCCAGUAUGUUCUCUCUCAUUUGACGAUGGUUAAGUCAUUUGUAAAAAACUACUUAAUAAUAUGUAAAAAUUCGUCAUCCUCGCUUUGAUAAAGCCAGCGUUUUUAUCACUUCAUAUACUGCGCUUACAACAAAAGGUGAAAAAAAAAAUUAAUGAAUAAUUCUACAAAUCGAACUUUCCGAAGCACAAAAUGCCAAGGUUCUGCAGUCGCUUAUGCUUUGGCUGUUGAAGUGACAUAGUUUGGAAUUGUGGAUUGCCUGGUCUCACCAGCAAAUUUGACUGUAGGUAAUUUAGUUCAAAGAUAUAAUUGCUAAAGAAGUGGCGAUUUUAUUCAUGCAGGACCGUUGACGUUUACCAGUCGUGGAUAUCUCUUGGACAAAAUAAACGACGUCAUGUCCGUUUGUAGUCUUUUUUUCGCAAGGUAAGUUUAUUCUUCCGAUCAAACAGGACGAAUGCAUAAGAUAACAACGAAAAACUACACAGAACUUGUGAAAUUUAUAUUCUAAGGUCUUCUAAGGGCAAGUCAAAAGAUUACAAAGAAUAAAUUUUCAACCUAAGAUAAGUGCCUGGACUACGGUGGAAAUCCGCAGGCCAAUAACACUACAGUAAGUAAACAAAACGGCAAAAGCAAGGUGUCCUUAACUUGCUAUUAGGCUAUGCUAAUUUGUGUAUUGUCUAUUUUAAAGCCUUGCAGGAAACGUUAUUUUCCUUUGUUUUUUUCGUAUGGUAAUGUUUCUUCAUAGGUUGAAAGAUAAAGGAUAAAAUCAAACCACUAAGAUAAACGAUUAAAUUCCACCAGCGCUACAAGAAGAGUCAGGCUAAGAAAGAGAGGCAUGCAGAGCAUGGUUCGUGUUGAGUUUUGCGUUUCAGUGUGGUGAACUGUCUGAAUAUAGAAAAGUAACGGAAUUAAAUAUUAGUUUGAUCACUCGUUUUGAAACAAUUAUCUUGUUUUUACAGCUACAAAAGGGGAUCUUCCACCUGUUUCCUCAGUUGGGACAGAGGUGCCUCAUGGACAGGUAGGAGUUUUGACACUGUUCAGUCCGAGGGGUUUGGAGCACCCUCCCCCCCUUUCUAAAAAGUUGAAUAACUUCAAAACCGUCUAAGCGACUUAGCGACUUUCCUAAAACUUUUCUGGAACAUUUUUUAGUCGUCGUGACUUGCACGUUUACAGUGAGCUGCCAUGGCAACCGAGUUUUGACAGCCGGGUUUUUUAAAUAACUUUUUUCUCAAAAAAGGAUUUAUUUAUAUAUUAUUUAUUUUAAAUAUUAGAUUAUAGCAUUACACUUUAUUCAGCAAUAUUUUACCAAAUUUAUUACAACUGUUAGUGUAAACCAGGGUUUUUUUGUGAUUGUUUUGAGACAAAACAUGAAUUGAUUUUAAAAAAUGACCAAAUGGUAGAAGUUGGGUUUUAUUUUCAACAGUGUUUACUUCUCUCGGGAUUUCACAACUUAAGGAUUUUUUACUUUUUCCUAAGCACCCUUUUAGACGCAGAUUAGUUUUUUUUAUCACGAUUACCUCGAUUUAUGCCGGUUUUAAGGAAAUUUUUUCUGUAAAUUCACAUUUGUUAAAAUAUAUAGAGAAUAAUACAUGGUCGCACGGAGAUAUGGAAUUUAUCUUCGAGUGUUCACAUCGAUAUCGAACGAGUGAGAUAUCGAAUGUGAACACGAGAAGAUAAAUUCCAUAUCUCCAAGCGUCCAUGUAUUAUUCUGUUUAUUAUAUAAACAUACUGAUGACGGCGUUUUUGAUGAUUUUCCGAAGAUUUCCGACCACCUUCCGAAGAUUUCCGAAGAUUUUUCAAAUUGUCCCGAAGACCAGACGAACGUUCCCGAACCUUUUCCGAGAAUUUUCGAAAAUUUCCGAAGAUGUCCGAAGAUUUCCGAAGAUUGCCGAGCACUUUCGAGGAAGACACGAAGAUGUUUCGAUGAUACACCAACGAAUUUAAGUACAAUUUAAGAGACAAACCUGAUGUCAGUGAAAUUAUCGAUAUCUUCACAUGUAAAAAUAUCGUAUUUUUACGUGUGUUCAGAUACCACAUUUCUCGGUGGUAGAAAUCCUUGUAAAACACUGCAGUUUAUAUAAUAAAUCUCAUUAUGUAAUGAUUUACGUAAUAAUUUGUUACAGUCUUGAAUGAAAAUUGUAAUCAUUGCAUUGUAGUCAUUGUUCUUUAAUUGGCUUAUAAUCCUUAUUAAUUACUAGUACUAAUUGUCACUUUACCUUAAAGCUUUAAUUUGCAAUGCUGUAACUUCAUAUAGUCAUGCAAAUAAAGUCUAUGUUGUUGCUCCUGUGAAUAAAUUCAAAUCAUUCAAACUGGAUGAUCCAAGAUGGCAGAUGGUUGCUCAUCCUUCCUUAAUGAUAAUUGACGUCAUCAUGAUAUCACUGCUAGCUAACACAUUAAAAUGUGUUAGCUAACUUCGUCAUUUUGUCAGACACCUUAAUAAUACUAUUACUUUCGCUUUGAGAAGAAAAUUGGUGGAAUUUAGAUUCUGCGAAUAAAUUCAAUGAUAUGAUGUCAUAAUGAUGUCAAAUUACGUCACUAAGUCAAUCAAGACAUGCCUUAAUGUUGGAAAUGAUGAGUUCAUUACUCUGUGUAUUUUUGUUGGCCAUAUCAUGAGAUAUCAUGAGCGGUUUUGAAGUUAUGGAGGUGGGGCGAGGGGGGUAUGGGCUCCAGAAGGGUCUCAAUGGGGUUUACUGUCAGCCGUCAACGGCCUAAAAUUUAACCGUCAACGGUCAAAAAAGGUAAUUUUUACAGUGAACCGUGAAAAAUGCAGAUUAAUAUUAAUCGUCAAAAAGUUUCAAGGUAUUUCAAAUCUCUCAAUUUCAGCUAAUCUCUCCCGCUCCUGAAGAUUAAUCUCCAAACUGGAAAAACCAUUUCUAGACAUUACAAGAGCUAGCUUAGAAUUUUGCUAAUAUCUAAAAAUAUUUCAAAAUUUUCUAGCCAAAAGGUUAAGAAAACCUCCAAAACACAACAGCUAAUAUUAAUUUAUGCAGAACUUAAUAUUUUAAAUUAAUGUAAUGAAUGUAACUCAACCGUACGCGUUAAAAGCUCUAAAAUUUAGCCUUGAACCGUCAAAAUUGGAAAAAUUAUAACCGUCAACCGUCAAAGCUACCGCCCGAUUGAGACCCUCCUCCAGGGCCAGGGCUCGUUUACCAAUAGAAAAUUGCAAAAGAAUAACAAAGUUAACUUUAUCACCCAAAAUUUUGACCGGUCAAACACGAGACUUGACCGAGCGAAAAUUUCUUCAGUGGCCAGUCAUCGUGGCUGGCCACCUUCUAAAAAGAGGGUAGGUUUUUAAACACUGGAACAAUUAAUUGAAUCCCAAAUGUAAACAUAAAUGUAAAUAUCAUAUUAUCCACUCCCCUCAGGGCUUUUCAGGGAUAAUUUACAACACUGGUUGGGGGACUUUGCCAGACUGCUUAAGGUGCAGUUUACAAAUAAUGAAGCCUUUUUGAUGCCCCCAUGCAUGUUUGUGAAAUCAAUUUACCCCCUUUUUUGGCAGCAAUGCAUCAUAGUGUAAUUGCUCUCCUCGGAUAUGACGUUGCCGACAGCAUGUGGUACGGCGUUAGCAAAGAUGGGAGAGCGGUCGUGAAAAGUUCUUCACAUUCUUCCAAGUUCAUUGGUGCCGCAUUGAGCGAUUGGGAUGCGGCGAAAGUAAAGUCGACCACAAUUCUUGCUAAAAUGAUUGAAAAUGACUUGGCUAUCACCAGUUCCACCCUGACUCCACGAGCUGAACAUGUUCAAACUUCUAAUAUUGGCACCAAGUGGGGAGGUAAGUCUACCAUGUUCUACUUAUAAUGAUUAUAGAGAAUUAUUUUCCUGGUAUUACGAAGUCUCUGACAACAGAAAUCUAUAGUCAAGCAUAGCUGUCAACACUGAGCCCGCUUUUUUCUUUUGGUUGGUUUAUUUGGUUAUUUAAAGGAAUAAUUCCCUUUUUUUUAUUUUAUUUCAUUUUUUUGUUUUUUUAAGUGUCUGCUAAGGGCAUUCACGUGGAAGAGUCACUAAACUGGAAGCUGAAGGCCGUCUGGAUGUAUUAUGGUCGGUACACGUUCAUGUUUAAUCUUAUUUAGUCAUAGCAUUCAGCUUCCCCGUCCUCUCCAAAAAGUACACUUUCCAAUUUAGGGUGCUUUCGAUUGACCUUAGUCUGAAAUAGAAAUACAACGUCAGACUAAUCCUAGCCUCCCACGCAUGCGUUUUUAGAAGAGGUUGUUUUUCAUCCCUCCCCACAGGGAGGGAUGAAACGACCUCUUCUAAAGAGGCUAGGCUAAAGAGGCUAGGCUAAUCCGGAAUAUCCGUUCGAUUGCUAUAUAACUUGCUAUUCCAAAUCCGAAUAUGUGGGAUAAACUCCAAAGAUUCUGCUGCGCAAGCAGAAUGACGUCGUUUUCCAAUUAGCAGCGUCGCAGAGAGUUAAUUCACAAAUAACAACAAAGAAAAUGGCGGACUUCGUCGGUGAAAAUGAAAGAUAUUUAAACGAGAAAGACAUGACAUUCAGCAGACGAGGGUAACUACUGGAACAAAAAAGAAACUCUUUAGCAUAUUUUGAGUAUGCGCACCGUAAAACGGACAUCUACAAUUGACCCCUGUGUUUUCUUAGUCUUUUUGUUUUACCUUCUAUUAAAACGUCUCCCUAAGAACGGACACUUACGUAAAGGUAGUUCCCAACGUUGUUCUUCUAAGAGAGUUUGCCAUGAUGUAAUGCAAUUUUAUCUCCGGAUAGGAGCUAUCGACAUUCACAUCUGUUCUGCUGGUUAUAAUGAUGAUACAAGUGAAGGGUGUCCUCUAAAGAAAACGGCCUCGAUCUUGGUGGAUGGAGUUGAGAGGUCGCCAAAAGUGAGUAGUUAAAAAGAUAUUAGUAAUAAACUGUGAGAAAGAUGAAGAAGGGAUUUCCAGAUCUGUAUAGAAAAAUGCCCUAUAGAAUUAAGUCACGUUUUGACUUUCUGUCUUCCUUCAAUUACCAGGAAAAGGCUUGGAAAAACUAGAAUGUUAGUAAGUAGAGUGUCGCCAAAAGAAAUAAUUUUGUCGUUAAGUCAAUAGCUUUGCUUACCUCAGCCAAAAUGCGCAAAUAGCAAGGCCCCCCUUCCCUAUAAAAAGGAAUAUCUAAAUGGCAGAGAAAAAUUGCUACAUGCUACUUAGUCUAUGCCUUCUAGAUCUGAAACUAAUGGGUAUCAGAGUGUAGGGGCGGAUCCAGGGGGAGAGUGCAGGGGGUGCGCACCGCCCCUGGGAUGACCUGCGGCCGCUUUCUAAUUAACACUGUCCAUUCGCUUGACAGACAUACAAAAUCUGCUCUAUCGUUUGAUAUGUAUUCUCAGCAGUUCACAUUAUGUUAUUUCCUAAUCAAAAGCCCUCUUCUUCGUAUUCGCUUUUAAAAUUGUUUACGUCAUCGGUCAGUUAGUGGUGCACCCCCUCCUAAGAAAAAUCCUGGAUCCGCCCCUGGAGUGGCCAGUGUUCUAGCAAUAAUCUCGUAAUAUAUUUAGGGAACUAAAAGCUUCGCCUUGUCCUUUCAGCAAAGAGGAUAUAACGUAGUGGUGUUAAGCAGGGAUGGACAUUUUAUAAAUUCCCAAGCAUUUGACUCCCAUGCUUCCAGCAAAGCAGAUGAUCAACUAGCAACAUUUCUUACUGGCCUGCCCAAUAACGUGAUCGUGUUAGCAGCGACCCAGGAUCAGGCUUGGCGGGCCGGAGGCGCAUCAGAGUCCAACAAACAGGUUGCUGACGUCCAGCUGACAAGCCUCGGAGCAACAAAUCCUCGACCUUUGGAAUAUCGCGCCUCGUGGGCUUUAGUUGGUUAUAAGGGUUCAAAUGAUCCAGCGGAUUGGAAAAGAUUUGCAGAGGCACGAAGAGGCCAAGGACCAACAGAAAUCUUAGUGACGAUCCCCAUGGCCAAUGGCUGCACAUAA